AAUAGUGCGAGUGAAUGCCUGCUUUACCGCCAGUGCUGCCACCAUCGGCAAAACCCACAACCAAAAAAAUCGACGUCAAACAUGUCAGACAAGACACAUAAUGGCGGAGGUUGUGUUGUUUUUUACAGCCCGUCAGCCCCGGUAAUGAUUUUUCGUCAAAUUACGCUAUCAAACUCGAAGUAUGCGCGGUUAAUGAUAGAGUUUUAUUCAAACGUUGUCUAAUUGACUUUAUAGCGUCGAGGUAUUUAAUAUACUAUAAUGAAAUUAAGUUUGGUGCUGUCGCGUUGGUUUUAUUGAAUUAGAGUGGUGGUGUGGGUUGUGUUUGGGACGGUGCGGCGGUGCCAUGGGGGCGCAGCAAGCGAAGGAGCGCGGGACCUCGAGCGGGGCUUCGAUGCGUUCCGCGAGGAGCAAGCCCCGCGUGCCCAAAGACCCCCGCAUUCUUGGCUCGAACAUUUUCACUGAACACAGCGAAGCGCUGCUCCAGAGCCGGCCGCUGCCUCACAUCCCGGACCUGCCGGACGGCGAGACCGCCCCCGCCACCCCGCAACCCCUCGACACCGCCAACAGAUGGACCUCCAAAGAGAAUCUCCUCGCGCACCACGAGGAGGACGAUCCCCAGCUGUUCGUCGCCCUCUACGAUUUCCAAGCCGGCGGGGAGAACCAGCUCAGCCUGAAGAAAGGCGAACAGGUGCGCAUAAUGAGCUACAACGCGUCGGGGGAGUGGUGCGAGGCGCACACGCUGAGCGGCGCGCUGGGCUGGGUGCCGAGCAACUACGUGACGCCGGUCAACUCGCUGGAGAAGCACUCGUGGUACCACGGGCCCAUCUCGCGGAACGCCGCCGAGUACCUGCUCUCUUCAGGCAUCAACGGCAGCUUCCUGGUCCGCGAGUCGGAGUCGAGUCCGGGCCAGAGGAGCAUAUCACUGCGGUACGAGGGCCGAGUGUACCACUACAGGAUCAACGAAGAUUCCGACGGAAAGGUGUACGUGACAUCGGAGUCCAAAUUCGGCACACUAGCCGAACUAGUCCACCACCACUCCGUUCUCGGGGACGGACUUAUCACCCAACUGCUCUACCCGGCACCGAAGCGGAACAAGCCCACCGUGUUCCCUCUCGCCCCGCCCGACCAGUGGGAGAUCGAUCGCACCGAUAUCGUGAUGAAGCACAAGCUAGGAGGCGGGCAGUAUGGCGACGUCUACGAGGCUGGUUGGAAGAAGUUUAACAUCACGGUCGCCGUAAAAACCCUGAAAGACGACACGAUGGCCCUAAAAGACUUCCUCGAAGAGGCUGCCAUCAUGAAAGAAAUGCGGCACCGGAACCUAGUCAAACUCCUCGGCGUGUGCACAAGAGAACCACCCUUCUACAUCAUCACCGAGUUCAUGUCUCGAGGGAAUCUGUUGGAUUACUUGAGGAACGGCAACCGGCAGCAGAUUGACGCGGUGGUGCUCAUGUACAUGGCCACGCAGAUCGCCGAGGGCAUGAGCUAUUUGGAGAGCAGGAGCUUCAUACAUAGGGACCUCGCGGCCCGCAACUGCCUAGUAGGCGAAAGCCACCUCGUCAAAGUGGCGGACUUCGGCCUCGCCCGUCUCAUGCGAGACGACACCUACACCGCACACGCCGGCGCCAAGUUCCCCAUCAAAUGGACGGCGCCUGAAGGCCUGGCUUAUAACACGUUCAGUACCAAAUCUGAUGUCUGGGCCUUCGGGAUUCUGCUGUGGGAGAUAGCCACUUAUGGAAUGUCGCCGUAUCCUGGAGUGGAUUUGGCUGAUGUCUAUCAUAUGCUUGAGAAGGGCUACCGCAUGGAGUGUCCACCCGGCUGCCCGCCGGCCGUGUACGAGCUCAUGCGCCGCUGCUGGCAGUGGAACGCCCCCGACCGCCCCACCUUCCACAAGAUUCACCACGACCUGGAACAUAUGUUUCAGGACAACAGCAUCACCGAGGAGGUAGAAAAGCAACUGCAAGAGGGCGGAGCCUCCACCGGGACUCCACAGAUGUCUCUAAAGAAGGCCGGUGGCGAUGCGGCGCGCGUUCAGAUGCGGCGGCCUACCAACCGGCGGGGCAAACAAGCUCCAACUCCACCUAAGAGGACCAGUUUACUUUCGUCAUGCAGCUCGUUUCGCGAGUCCCAAUACAACACCGAGGAACAACAGGACGACGGGCUGGCGUCGCUCAACGGGGGGGCGCGGGCUCGGGAGGCGUCCUCCGAGGGGUCUCUCGCGGAAGCGACCCCCGACACGGAUGAGAGCGGAGGCGCGGCGGCGGGGGGCGAGCACAGGCAUCGCGCCAAGCGCCGGCAUAACCAGCCAGAGCAGAAGCAAGGCGUCCAAGUAGCGGCCCUAGAGGUCCAGAACGUGAAGCGGGCCAUCAACCGCUACGGGACCCUGCCCAAGGGCGCUCGCAUCGGCGCCUACCUCGAGUCCCUACGGCAGUCGGGAGGCGCCGCGUCCGUCACCCGAGAGCCCGAGGAGGCCCGAUCCUUGUCCCCUCGCACCCGAGCCCAGCCACACAUGAUCCGCUCCAACUCCUCCGGAGGAGUCACCGCUCCUGCUCCAGCGUCCCCACGCUCAAACAGAGCCCCUUUACGUUCCUUCAACAGCCCCGCGAAACCCCGCCCCCGUCUAGCAGAACUAGAAUUCCCCCCACCCCCACCAGAUCUCCCUCCACCUCCAGAAGAAACACAACUCCCACCACCCCCGCCACCCGACGCUGAAGACGACCAAGAAGAAGAAAAAAGCCACAAGCAAACCAUGAAGGAAAUGCUUGAGCUCAAACUAGUAGCUGAAAUCAAAGAAAGAGCUGAUAAAAAGAAACACAAACUCAAAGACUCACCGCCUCCUAACGAUUUAGUCAUGCAGACUUCCUUCGGGGAUCCAGUGACUAGACUAGUCUCUGAGCUUUCUGAAAGCUUAAACAUGGAAGCGUUAAAGAAAUCUGAUAAAAAAGAGCAACCCAAAGACAAAGAGACGGUAUCCCCCAUAGAUCUCAAAGCGGGCUUAAGGAAAACCUCAUACAACAACAUCCAGAAGACUGAUGAGAAGCCGACGGACUUCAAAUCGCAACUCAAAAAGGUUGACAAGAAAGUCGCCGCAAAAGAGGAGGAAUCGCGAUCGAUUAUAGACUUUAAAUCGCGCUUACGGAAAGUCGAUAGUUCAACGCCGGCUACGAAUGGAACGAAAAAUUCUCCCGACCAGGAUUCUAAAAAGAGUGAUGAACGUAAGUCAGACUCUGGGUCUUUGGAGACAGAAGAAGAGGAUAAAAGAAGGAGCACAGGGAGCAUUAGUAGCUUGAAGAAAUUGUGGGAGAAUAAGGAGUCGGAUGAGAGAUUGAGUCCAAAGUUGAAGCUGAGAGGAGAUGACAGUGAGGAGACUUCGCCUGAAGAACGCAGCAGCCAUAUAGGCAGGAGCGGUAGCGUGUGCAAAAGGGACGAGAAGCCAGCAGUCCCCAGCAAGCCGGCGGUAAAGUGCCGCCCCCUAAAGGGGGGGAUAUACGCCACCCCCAUCAGCAGCGAGGAGGCUGAGGAGGACGCGCUCGCCAGGCUUCGGUCGUCCUUGGAGAGCUGUACUAAUGAUGUCCGCCGCGGCUGCACGGGCGGCGGGCGGGGCUCCCUCUGGCGGCUAACGACGUCCGAGCGGCUCGCGAGCCUCGGGGCGGCGUGCACCGCGGCCGCGGUCGCUGCCCCGCCGCAGCUGCGGGUGCAACUGCGCGCCGCCGCCGCCAGAUUGGAGAGUGAGGCGCGAGCCCUAGCGUCGCCCGCGCCGCCGGCGCAUCACCUCGCUGAGGGUGUCGAGAAAGCCCUCCGGGAGCUCCACGAUAUCGUUACUAGGUAAACAGCCUACGCUACGCUUCGCCUUGGAAACCUCGAGCACUGAGAUUUAACCCUAACUGUAAAUUAUGCUAAUUCAGACUAUACAGAUAUAGUGUGAUACUAUAUGAGAACUAUUCCAACUAUUUAUAUACAUCAGUACAUUACCUUAUUGAAUAUUUAACCUUAUGAACGCCAUGUGACUAAGUGUUUGAUACCAUUAAAAAUACACUCAGAUUUGAAAUUUGUGUUGGUAAGAAUAAGUCUUUUGUGACUAAAAAAGAAUUCUACUCAGUUUAAGAGUUAGUGAAGUAGUAAGAGUGCUUUAGUAAUAUUUAUGAGAUGCGAAAAUUAGACCCAAUUAUGGGGAAGGCCACUGCCAAAAUGACGCGGCCAAUGAUAGUUCCUAAAUAAAGCAAAGUUAUUUUUUCAAAAAUAACUAAAUGUUUCGUCCCGGAUUGAUCCGAAAUGGGAAUCCACAUUUAUUGUUUACCUAUACAUCCCACCCUUCCCCAUUAUGAAAAUUAUAUUAUCCCCGUUUCAAAUUUUGUUGGAAAAAAAUGGAGUUUCCUAAAAUUGACUCUAACAAAUCUCACCUCACUUAGCUACAUACACUGAUACUCUAUUACAACGAGUUGAGUCUUAAAGAGGACUCAAAAGACUCGAUUCUACCAACACUAAAUAU